AUGUCGGAUGAGAAAUUUAUCGUUCCAGGAAAUUUAUCUCUAUGCCAAUCUCUUGAUUUAUUGUAUUCGAUUGUACAUAAUCAAGUUGUGAACAUAUCAGAUAAGGUAAAUAUUACUAAAUCCGAAACAAAAGACAUUGGAAAGUUACCGUCGUUUUAUAGGGAACUCUGUCUUUUACUAAAAUACGUCAACGAUGGACUCAAAACAGUCGAAGUCAAUUUCAGUAUACCCAGCUGGAAAACUUUUAUAGCUAAAAAUGAAUCAUUUCGAUGUAAGAUUGAAGAUUUCCAGAUACUUGGGCAUGAUAUCAGAAUGAUUCGUAAAAGUGUUCUGGAUACACUUUCGGAGUCUAAAGAUGAUAAACGAGCUAAAUUAUUAGAUGACGCCCUUUCAGGAAAUAUUGACGAUGGUAAUACCGUAAUUACUUCCCCUUUACUUAAGAAUAAAAGUUUCAAUGUACCGACCUUUUGGGUGAAAAAUUCAAAGAAAAAAGAAAAGUUUCUCAAACAACAAGAAUCUAACGAUAAUGAAAUAACACGGAGAGUUAAAUUGAUCAAGGAUCAAAGAAAGACUCAAUUGGAACAAAAAAAACUUGAAGAACGAGAUAGAAAAUCAAUAGAAGAAAAAAGAUUAAAAGAACUCGAAGAACAACAGAAGAAGUUGUUAGAUCUACAAAUCGAAAAUGAGGUUAAAAGCCAGGUUGCAAAGAGAAUGGAAAAAGAAAUACAGAAGAGAGCUAAGGAAGCAAAAAGCAAAAAAACUAUUCAUGGGAAACCAAAGGAAAAUAAAAAUUCUACUACUCAUAGAUCAGAUUCCUUGAACCGUAAUUCAUCAGAAAAGUUGAGUCAAGAUAGUAGUGGACGUCGGAGUUUCGAUUUGACAAGACAUAGGCUUACAUAUAAAAAGGAUGCUAUGCAUAACUUGAAUAAAUCAAAACGUACAAUGAGGAGGUCUUUGGACAUAUCUAAUUAUAACCGCAUUAACUCAGAUGCGUUAUCUGCUAAAAGGCAGUCGUCAGAUGAGAAUAUUAACAAGGCAGCCUUGGCUGCGUGGUCCUCUUUUUCAAACGAUGCAUCAAAGCAGGAGUCAGCAUCAUCUUAUGUCUCAUCAAGAAGAGAUAUAAAUAAACCCCUUAAAUCUAAGCCACAAAUUCAACCAAAUCGACAACGAAAUACUGGAAAUAUUACAAAUUCAAAAAUAAGAGACGAUACUGAUUUAUCGUCAAAUCUAAAAGCCAAACCCAGAAGGCAGGAAAAUAAAGAACGGGUAGUUGGUAAUGAUGUUGGUGAUAGAACACUUAAAAAAAUAGCUGUAACUGAAAAGAAGGAUAAAUAUACUGUUAAUGGUAUAUCAGAUAUAUCGCAACAAACGCCUGAAAGUAUCGAAGGAGUUGAUCCUGUGAUAUUGGAACAAAUAAAAUGUAAUAUUUUAGUGCAAGGUGAUGUGAUUCACUGGGAUGAUGUGGCCGGCUUAAACUCGGUUAAGGCAUCAUUAAAAGAGACAGUAGUUUACCCAUUUUUAAGGCCCGAUUUAUUUAAGGGUUUGCGUGAACCAAUCAGGGGGAUGCUACUAUUUGGACCACCAGGUACAGGUAAAACAAUGAUAGCUAAGGCCGUUGCCACUGAGUCUAAUUCAACUUUCUUUAGUAUUAGUGCUUCUUCGCUUUUGUCAAAAUAUCUGGGUGAAUCUGAGAAAUUGGUUAAGGCUCUUUUCUAUUUGGCCAGGAAAAUGGCUCCCUCAAUCAUUUUUAUUGAUGAAAUCGACUCUAUUAUGGGUAACAGAAGUGACAACGAAAAUGAAUCAUCAAGGAGGAUAAAAACAGAGGUAUUAAUCCAGUGGUCCGGCCUUUCAAAAGCUGCAGUCAACAAUGCUGAUACAUCAGACCAAAGAGUAUUGGUAUUAGGUGCCACAAACUUGCCCUGGGUGAUAGAUGAUGCAGCCAGAAGAAGAUUCUCGAGAAGAUUGUAUAUUCCUCUCCCCGACUUCGAGACCCGACAGUAUCAUUUGAACAGAUUGCUGCAAAAUCAACCAAAUGGUUUAACUGAAGGCGAUUUUAAAGAAAUUACGGAGUUAACAGAAGGUUACUCCGGAUCUGAUAUGACUGCACUGGCCAAGGAGGCUGCAAUGGAACCGAUUAGGGAACUUGGCGAUCAAUUGAUGGAUGCUAAUUUCGAAACUAUUCGACAGAUAACAAAAACUGACUUUGUCAAAGCAAUGGAAACUAUUAAGAAAAGUGUUUCUCCAGAAUCCUUGAAAAGGUUUGACGAUUGGGCUGCAGAAUAUGGUAGUAUGGGUAGCUGA